UAGGUGUCCCGGUCUUCUCUUUCACAUGAUGCAUAAAAUUGUAUAUAAAUAGCAACAGUCCCCCCGCAAUUUCCUCAUGGUUUCUUCUGACUUUACCAGGUGAAGGUGUUUUAAGUCUCCACUCUUCCUUUGUUCAGAAAAAUGAGUGACUUGGAAAUGUCUUCCUCUGAUGAUGCUUCUGUGGACUCUAGCAUAUUUGUUGCAGCAGAAGACAACAGCAGUCAAGAAUCUGAGCUUCAGUUCUCAUAUGAUGAAGAAACACUGAUUAUAAGGAUGUUCAAUUUAGUAGGAGAAAGAUGGUCUCUGAUUGCUGGAAGAAUCCCUGGAAGAACAGCUGAGGAGAUUGAGAAGUAUUGGAACACAAGAUACUCUACAAGCCAAUGAUCGAAUGAAAUGAAGCAUAGGCUAUAACAAUAUGGAUAAAUGGUGGAACUUCUUACUCAGGCUACACAGAAAUUACCCACUAUAUGUUUAUUGUUACUUAUGGUAAUGUAAAGAAGUCGAUCUGGGAAUCUUCUACUGAAAUAAAAUAGAGUAAUAUUACGUGUA